AUGGCGGAUUUCUGGAACUUGAAGUCUACACAUCCAGAAGGCACCAAACUUGGAGUAGGCGACUCUCGAGGUUCGCUGCCCAGAAUGCUGAAAACUGACACCAGACAGCAUUUCUGUAGAGGAAAAGAAAACAAGAUGGAUUGGAUGAAAUUACGUUCAUAUUCCCGGAAGAGGCAGACCCAAAAGAAAAUACAUUGUGCUUCUCCGCUGCCAGCUCAGACAGCAUCUGUUGCAAUAGACAGAAUGAAGAGUAAAGACAAAGCACCCCAGCGGCACCCAGAUCUGCUUUCCAAGCUUAGCUGUGAUCCUCAGGUGAAAAGAAUUGUUGGGCAGAUGAGAAGCACUGUUACAAAAGCAUUACCAAAAGUUCAAGAGUACUCUGAAGUGACUCAAAUGGAUUGUCUUUCAUCUGAAGAAAGCAUUGAAUUAAAUUAUAAUGGAUAUAGAAGUACGGAGGUGACCAACGACAUCAAUGACAUGGAAACAACUCCCUUAAAGGGUUCCUUGCAUUUAGCCUCUGCAAGUAAACAAAGCCUGAGAAAUAGUGAAACUACUUCAGGAAUGACAUUACCAACCGGAGUUUCAGGCUUUUUGCUGGAUUGUUUGGAUGUGGAGACUACUCUGGACUGUAGUUAUACCAAGACUAUUGAUUCUACAAGUAGUUAUUCAUCACCUGAAAUAUUCAGGGAUGAAACUGGCUUAGAAGACACUGCUAGUCCUGAAACCCAUCUUGCGUGCAAAAAUUCAACUCUCUUGGAUACCAGCAAAGCCAUCAACAUAGACAAGAUGCCACAACUGUCAAACCUUUCUAAAAUAUUUGAUAACACUUCAGGAAUCCAAGGCCAGAGCAUUACCAGCAGGAAACAAUCCAGGCAGAAGCUGCCUUCUGAAUCUACAAAUACUUCAGCUGUAGUAGCAGGGAAACAAGUAUAUAAAAUUUUGCCUGCAAAUGAAAAAAUACUCACACCACAACCUUCUGGACCUUCAUUAUUGCUUCCAGAACAAAAAAAAAAGGCUGAGGAUCAGCAACCCGUUAAAAGGAAGUGUAGAAAAAAAAUAAAAUUUGGAAAUGUGUGUUCUUUAUCCUCCCCUCACAUACUGCAUUCAUCAGGAAAAAACAGCUCUGAGAAAAGGUGUGGGAUUGUAGCAUCCAAACCACCAGAUGCUGACAAGAAACACACCCUCUGGAUUAAGAAUAACCCCUUGCAUUUUUAUUUUGCUUUGAUACAGUUAGACUUGUUGUCCGUGCAUGAAGCCUCAGUCCAUGACGACUGUUUGAUAUACAAAAAUAGUCCAAAUGUGAAUUCAGAAGCAAUUGUUUCUCUGUCUCCCCAAAGGACCGUUCAUCAGUUUUUACAUAGCCCACCAGAAAUCUGCUCUAUUAUUAAAGCUUCUCCAGGAUUUAGACCACUGAAAGUACUCCAAUAUCCACCAAAUAGAAAAAUAGUGUUUCUCCCAUCAGAAGCAACUGAAGAUAUUAUUACGAGCUCAAAAAACUGGACCUGUAGUAAUGAUAGAUGAACAUGUCGGCUGUUCUCUCACCAAAACAGGAAGAAAGUGAGCGGAGUAACUCCUGGAUCCCCCUGCAGGAUCUAGUAUAAGCAGUAGGUAUAAUUAGCAAAAUUCAAGGGCAUUAAAUUCAGUUGGAAUGAAUUAUAUUAAUACUGUCUUCACAUCUUACUUAUUUCAGGAGUUAUGUCUAAUUUCUAGUAUUUAUCUAUAACACUUGCUAUAUGUUUAUGAAUUACGUAUUUAUUGAGGUAUAUGUAAAACUGUUACCUAGGAAAGAGAUUAUUGGAUUUGCAUAUGGAAACUUAUUAUUUCUCUGUUGCAAAUUGCUUUGGUUCGUUACUGAUAGUUUUCUUAAAGGCAAUUUAAAACAUUUAUUCAGUUGAGUUGUUUAAGAGAAAAAAAGGAAAAAUGGGAAAUUGAGAAAAUGUAAGGCAGAACAUGAUUGAAGUAAAUAUCUGGAUUUUGUAAAUUUGAAACCUGAUGAUAGUUUUAAAGAAAAUUAUGACGGAAACUAUACUUCAGGAUACAUGCAUUCUGACAGGUAAAAAUAUUGUUCAUGGAUUAUAAAAUGACAUAAGUUUAUUGUUCACAUUUUGAAUUAUAUCUUUGAAAAUAUUUUACAUAUCUUUGUAUAUUAUGUAUAUACAUACAUAGUAAUCCUUGAUAUGUUUCAGCCGGAGUUAUUAGCCUGAUCACCCAAACUCAGCUAAAGUAAAGUAUCUGAAUUUAAGCCAAUUCAGGACAAUUGUUUCUACUUUUCAUUUCAACUAUAUGUAAAAAAAAAUUAAAAAAAAUUGUUAGCACA